UCAAGAUCGUCUGGAAGACCCUCCAGUAUUCCCCAAGCCAGUGUCCUCGGAAGGCAAGAGCCUCCUGAAGGAUUUGCAGAUUCGUUGCAGCCGGUCUUGGAAUAGGGACGCCAGAGAAUUAGCCACUCUACUAGCUAGUCCGCAUUUCAAGGCUCUCAUCGAUUCCCACGACGAGAUCGCUCAAAUAUCGGAAAACCCCAAGCCGGAGAAGACUGAGCCUCCGAAAUUAUUUCCCAACGGCAUGACGGGCGACGCAAUAAGAAUGGUGGGGGUUCGGAAAAAGCCCGGGGAGCCGCUCGGGUUAACGGUGCAAGUUGAUGACAAUAAGAAUCUAGUAAUAGCCAGGAUAUUAGAAGGUGGUAUGAUUGAAAAGCAGGGCCUUCUUCAUGUGGGAGAUGCAAUAUUAGAGGUAAAUGGUGCACCCGUUUCAACUCCAGAAGAUCUCCAAACAGAAAUUGCCAAAACAAAAGAUCAUGUGACCCUUAAAGUAGGCAAUGCACAAUCUGCAGAAACACAUUCAUCUCUAGUUGUUGCCAAUGGUACAAAUGGUGUGACAAAAAAAUUAACGUGCUACAUGAGGGCACUCUAUGAAUAUGUUCCCCAAGAAGACACUCUCUUACCAUGCAAGGAAAUAGGAUUGCCCUUUGAUCGGGGAGACAUAUUACAAAUUGUUGACCAAAGAGACCCUAACUGGUGGCAAGCUAAGAAAGUGGGGGGUGAUGGAACAACAGGGCUGAUCCCAUCACUAGAACUUGAAGAAAGAAGAAAAGCGUUUGUGGCUCCAGAAGCUGACUUUGUACAUAAAAUAAGUAUAUGUGGUGCGCGAAUAUCAAAAAAGAAGAAAAAAAUAAUUUACCAGUCGAAGAGCAGCUGUGAUUUCGAUAAGGCUGAGUUAUUACUCUAUGAGGAAGUCACUAGGAUGCCUCCAUUUAAGAGAAAAACCUUAGUUUUAAUUGGAACUCAAGGUGUAGGUAGAAGAACUCUGAAGAACAGAUUAAUUAACAGUGAUCCGGAAAAAUUUGGUGGGGUUGUUCCAUACACAACAAGACCUCAAAGGGUUUUGGAAGAAGAUGGCAAAAAUUAUUGGUUUACAGAUAGGGAAUCAAUGGAAGAAGACAUUAAACAUCACAAAUUUUUAGAGUAUGGAGAAUAUAAUGGUAACUUAUAUGGUACUCAUUUGGAUUCCAUUAGGGAAGUAAUAAAACAAGGGAAAAUGUGCAUAUUAGAUUGCAGUCCAAUGUCCCUGAAAAUACUCCACAACAGUUCAGAAUUUUUACCCUAUGUUAUCUUCAUUGCUGCACCAGGGAUGGAGCAACUGAAGAAUUUGUACGAUGUGGGAAGAAGUAAUUCAAAUCUGAGAUAUUCCAGCAGAAAUUUAACGUUUGACCGCCAAAGUUCAAUUCGCUACAGUUCCAGAAGAGCCCGAACAUUAGAAUCAUUGGCGUCUCUAUAUGAGGAAGAAGACUUGAAGAGAGCUUUAGAGGAUAGUGCCAGUAUGCAAAGAAGUUAUGACAAAUAUAUUGACACAGUUAUUACCAACAACGAUUUUGAUACAACUUUCCGUCAAAUUGUGGAGGCCUUGGAAGCUCUGACAUCAGAACAUCAGUGGGUUCCAGUUAACUGGAUUUAUUAAUUUUGUUACUGCCAUAAAUCACUUUUUUAAAUUACUAACAUUACGUUUACCGAUCAAUUCCAAAAUAUAUUUGAAUUAUUAAUGAAACUAAUAAAGAGUGAAUGUUAAUAAUUUAAUAUAAUUGAAAACGAGACUAAUAUCUAUAUCUAAAAUGUAAUUCGUAUUUCAUACUUUUUCAGUUAUUUUAGUUACUUAUAGAAUACUUAAUUUAGGUUUAGGUAAUAUUGAAAUAAUCUGUUAUGGCUAUAAGCUUGUAAGGCAAAUCUUGUAGUUUGUCAAAUAAUUAUUGUCAAAGUGGUUCUCGGCUCUAAUAAUAAUUUCACGGUAUGAGCCGUUUUUUUGUAAAUAACUAUAUUGCUGCUUGUACUGUUUCUCUUACAAAAUGGAAUUUAACAAACAAGUAGGAAGAAAACCUGUUAUUACUUGGUAGAAAACUAUUGGAAUAAGUUUAGAGAGACCUAUUGCUUUCUUUACUAAUGCUGCAAAAGCAUUGUGAAUGUAGGUGUAUAAAUUAUAUACCGUGUGCUUGUUUUUCUAGUCACAUCCUGGGGACCUCUGUUAUUUUAAGGGAGAUUGGUUAAAUUAAUGCGAAGUUGUGGAGUUCGAUGAUAAAUAACAUGUUGAAGAGACGUGACUUAUUUUUUUGUAUUAAACUUAUUAGUGAAAAACUGAUCUCCAUUUUAUUUUUUUAAUUGAAGAGGAUAAGACAGAUUUUUGCAGUCUUUAAAAAAUAAAAUAUCCAAUUAUUAUUCCAAAUUAAAUUUGUAGUUAAAUUAAAUUUUCAUCGAUAACUUCAAAAAGUUGAAAGAGUUAAUGGAAAAUAUAUACAUAAAGAAGUGAGAAAUAUGCUUCAAACCUGCUGAUUAUUUAUUCCCCAUGGAAAAACAGUCACUCGGUAUAGUAUAAGAACCGGUAGCAAAUUUUUUUUACUGGAAACUUUACAUUAUAAUUUGUAAAGCAGUAAGUCGCCUUCUUAAUGCUGUGAUGUCAUCAUUUUGCUGCUGCAAAGUGUAUUUUGAAAUUUAACUUAUCCAUAAAAUUUUCAAUUGCCUGUUAUUAAAUUGCUGUGUUGGAUAUUGUGAAAAAUUUGUUCAAAUCUAAAUUUCUUAUAAUGAUACAUUUUACAUGAUUUGAAUUAUUAAACAGUAUUCUGAACUGCAUUAAAUGAAUAACCAACUUAAUUUAGAGUGGCAGGUUACAGUGCAUGUUAAAGUGAUUUAUUGUUUCCUUUUUACUAAUUUAUAUAAAAUUGUUGUCUUGGACUUAUUGCAAAUAUUUUUUCCGAUUGUUGGAACCAUCAAAUUCUAAUUUAAAAUAAUUGUAUCAUUUUCUGACAAUAGGCAUUUUUCAAAACUACGAUUUUUUAUGAAAUCAGGACAGAAUUCGGUUGGUGACGGAAUAUGGUCGGAUGCACAGUGGCAAAGUACUGGAGUGUGGAACGGAGUACAUUUCCUUAAGAGCUUUCUAAUAGUGAAGAUCGCUAUCUAUCUCAUUCUACAUCAGCCAAGUCCACUGUCUUUUUGAUUUGCGCAUUUUAGGGCUCAAAUUAAAUUUGUCGUAAUUCAAAACUGAACUUUUACAGAUCUUGAAAUUUUUUAACUAUAAUAUAUUUUUGUUAAGAAUAAAGUUUUGCCCUUUAAUAUAACAAAGACUUCAUUAUUUUCUAAACACAGAAAACUAACUUGCAUAAUCAACUUCCACCAGUAAUAAUUUUUAGGUUAAAAGAAGCGCCAUCUGUCAGAUUUCAAAAAUCGAUGUUUAAACAUGGUAGAUCAGGUGUUUUGCUGUUUACGAAACUAAAUUACCUGGUUAAAUCAUAAAUACAUUAUUUUGAUCACGUGUUGGUACAAAACUGAUUUCUACCAGUGCAUCUAACGGUAAGUUUUGAAAAAUGCCUGUGGUGUUAUAAACAUUACUUAAUGUUUAAAUUAAAGAUAAUAUUUGUCCAAAACCAAUACACUCUUGUUAAAUAUUUUGUUGAAUACUGCCAUCUUUAUGCUAGAUUUAACGCAAUAAAGAAUUUAUAUUUUACACUAUUAAUUUUAUACUAAAACGCUGAGAGGAUAUCUAAAUAGAGUAUCUCGGAUGUAUAUGGUACAAAAUAUAUUUAACAUCGAAAAAUUCUCACGAUAGUAUUACUUUAGUAGCCUUAUUUGUAGGAGAUAUGUUACUUCUAAGAUGUAUAUAUUAUUGCAAAGUGCAAGUAAAAGAGUCGACCGUACUAUGACAGUAGUGGUAGUCAGGCAUAUUUUAACACUCUGGCUGCCUAAUAAGAUACAAUUUAGAUUUCUAGAAAUACAAGUUAAUCAUGUUAGUUUUAAUUAUUGUAAGCUUAUUUUUUUGUUAUGUACGAGCUUCGUGUUAUAUUUUUAGACCGUCCAAGUGUUCAGGGAAGAUCUGUUUUACGAUAUUGUUUUUACGUAAAUAUUUGCUAUUUUAUUGUAUUUUUUAUGGAAUUAUUUUAAAAUAUAUGAUUUUAUUAGUUAACUCAUCACAUAUUCCUCAGUACCCUAAUAAACACUUUUUUUUUUUCAAAAUGUGCUAAUUGAAAAUUAAUAAAUAGAAUGUUCUUUUUUGCAAGUUCUUUAAAUAUGCUUUUAAUUUAUGCAAGUUGUUUUUAUACUUCAUAUUUUAAUGAGUAUUGUGUUUAAUUUCUUAGUACAUUGUGUUGUUAUUUUAGUUUUUAUUAUGCAGAUUAAAUCAA